CACAAUAAUUCUUUUACAGUUUAAUUCACUAAUUUUGCAUUUAGACCACAACGCGCUGCGUUGAAUAGAUAUAUUUUUUAACAAUUCGACUUUUUUUAUAUAGCUUUUAUUUUUUUCAAUUGUUGCAUAGCAAGUCAGCUUUACUGUGUACAGAAUUAUUUUUUCGGGUCGUUGCCUCGGUCUAAACAUAAAUCGCUCACCUCGACCCGGGUGCCCUUAAUAUUUUAUGUCGUGAAAAGUAUAUUUGACUCUUCUGCGUGUAUUGUAUCUGACUGCUGACGACAUUUUUCAUUAGUGAUAAAUGACGGACGUCGACAAACAGCACGUGACGACAAAAUCGUUCACUGAGUCGCAGGCAAACUAUGGAGAGAUAUUUGACCAAGAGGGAUAUCUGCAACAAUACUAUGGCGCCAUGCUAAGUAAAACGAUCACGGGUUCCAUCAAAAACCCCCUGUUCGAACCCAGUCGAGAGUUUGACGACCACCAGAAGGAAGACAUUAUCCGCUGUGUACGGUUCAAGAUCAGAAAUCUCAAGUUCUACAUAGAACACAUACUACAGGACAUGCAGGCUCCUGUGAAGGUCCUCGACAUCGGCACCGGACCCUUCUGUGGAAACGUUAUGUACAUAUCAGCAUUUGAAAAAGUGGAAUCCAUUAUCUGCUCUGAUUACGUAGAGUCCAACCGGAACUACCUCAAAGACCUCAUUUCUGCCACAACCUCAGAGCAAAAGGGACGCUUCAAUUGGCCUCAAUUCAUGUCGAUAGUGUAUGGCGACAAGAGUACAAAUUUCGUGGAGACGUUUCGUGAAAAAUGCAGAAAAGUAUCUCACGUUGACCUCAGUUGCCUCAGUGAAGGCCUUUCAGAUGUAGAAUCAUCAGGACCUUACAACAUCAUUACUUCCGAAUGGACAUUCUCUGAAGGUACGAAAGAUUUGACUGAAUACGAGGAGCUUUUGAAAAGGUGCAACAACAUGCUAACUGUCGGAGGUGCUUUGCUUGUCGAGGACGUUUUGGAAGAAACCUUUUCAACUCCCGAGUUCGGAGAGAUUGAUAUAAAAUAUCCAUCAGUGUGGAUUUCGGAGCCCUGGAUUCGAGAUGCGAUGGUCCGACAGGGAUUUGUGGUCGAGCAGAUCAACUUGUUCUACAAUAAUGAGAGAAAUUCUCCUCAUUUUGACGGCUUGGGCGAAAUUUUUGUCUGGGCAACAAAAAUCAAAAAUGUUUAAUCAAUUCUAGAAGCUCGUCAAAUAAGUUUAGAGAAUGAACAACAGACAGCAUUUGAUAUUAUUUUACAAAUAAUAUACCGAGAAAACUUUAAAAAGUCUAAACAAUUUUGUUAUUUGAAGCUUGAUAAACUGUUUUGAUUUCAGUUUUGCAGUCAAACUUACCGUGUAGUUGUCUGAAUAGAUGAUAUUCGUCGUGCAGUGUGACAUCAUCUAAGUUCGGCAUGAAUACAUGAAUCGGCAAAGUCUUUUCAACAGUCUUAUGCCUAACAAACUACUAUCAUCGUAUGUUAAACCACUUUCUGUAAUAUGACAUAAAAUUCCAUUUGUUC